AUGUCUGCAACCGCCGACGCCGCCGACGAGGCGUUGGCUCGUAUGGGCUACAAGAGCGAACUGCCCCGAAACCUUAGCAUGACCAGCAUUCUCGGAUUGUCCUUUGCGAUUAUGGCUGCGCCCUUUGGCCUGAGCACCACCCUCUACAUUACUCUCUCCGACGGGUUGUCCGUCACCAUCCUGUGGGGCUGGGUGUUCGUGACCCUCAUUUCCAUUGCCAUUGCAGCCUCGUUGGCCGAGAUCUGCGCUGUCUACCCGACGGCCGGCGGCGUGUAUUACUGGAGUGCGAUGCUGUCCACGCGCCGAUGGGCGCCACUUAUGUCGUUUAUUGAUGGCUGGCUGACCCUCGUGGGCAAUUGGACCGUCACGCUCAGUAUCAUCUUCUCUGGGGGUCAGCUGAUUCUCAGUGCCAUCUCGCUGUGGGACGAAACCUUUGUCGCCAAUGCCUGGCAGACGGUCUUGAUGUUCUGGGCUGUCAUGCUGUUCUGCGCGCUCGUCAAUAUCUUCUGUUCGCGCUACCUCGACCUCAUCAAUAAAGUCUGUAUCUUCUGGACUGCUGCCAGCGUCAUUGUGAUUCUCGUUACCUUGCUCACGAUGGCGGACCACCGCCGGGACGGCGAGUUCGUGUUCGGCCACUAUGACGCCUCGACCAGUGGAUGGCCCUCGGGCUGGGCAUUUUUCGUUGGCUUGCUGCAGGCGGCCUAUACAUUGACCGGAUAUGGUAUGGUGGCUGCGAUGUGUGAAGAAGUUCAGAACCCGCACCGCGAGGUGCCCAAGGCCAUUGUGCUGUCCGUGGUGGCAGCUGGCAUCACAGGGUUAUUCUACCUCAUCCCGAUUUUGUUCGUGAUGCCCGACGUCAAGAUGCUACGAAAAGUGGCCAGCGGCCAGCCGAUCGGGCUGCUGUUCAAGACGGUGACGGGGUCCGCGGGCGGCGGCUUCGGGCUGCUUUUUCUGAUUCUGGGGAUCAUGAUCUUCGCCGGCAUCGGGUCCCUCACUGCGGCCAGUCGCUGCACGUAUGCCUUUGCGCGCGACGGCGCCAUCCCAGGCUUCCGGCUCUGGCGGCGCGUAAACCCCAAGCUGGAUGUGCCCGUGUGGGCCGUGAUCCUUUCCGCGACGAUCGACGGGCUGCUAGGACUGAUCUAUUUUGGUUCCACGGCGGCGUUCAACUCGUUUACGGGCGUGGCCACCAUCUGCCUGUCCACCUCCUACGGACUGCCGAUUUUCAUUUCGCUGGUCCGGGGGCGCCGCGACGUCCGCGGCUCUUCUUUUUCUCUGGGGUCGUUUGGGUACGUCAUUAACGCCAUCACUAUCGCGUGGAUCUUGCUUGCUGUCGCCCUCUUCUGCAUGCCGGUUACGCUGCCCGUUGACCCGUCUUCGAUGAACUACGCCAGCGUCGUCUUUGCUGGGUUUGCUGCGAUUAGUAUCUUCUGGUACUUUGUGUAUGCUCGGAAGCAUUUCACGGGGCCACCUGUUUCCAAAGAGGAGGCUCGCGCUGCCACGGGGAUUAUGACAGGCACGGCCUUGGAUGCAGAGAAUGCCAUGCGAGAAACGGCGGAGGUAAAGAAGACGCUCGAGUAG